AUGAAUGAUUUAAAUAAUGCGGUAUUGUCAAAAAAGCAAGUUGACAUAUUUGAUGAAUUACAGGAAAUAAUUACAGACCAUCAAAACGUAAUAAAGUGAGUACCUGUAUUACUAUAUUAAACGGUAAAAAUAUAAUAUUUUAAAAUAACAGUUUAAUUUAAGUUGUUAACUAUAAUUAUCUUUGGUAAGUAAUGAGACUGAUAAACAUUCGAUAUUAACAAAUCGAACCAUUUUUUGUUUAACAUCUCAUAAUUGCUUACAAUUGUGUUAAGUUUUAAAAUUAAAAAUCAUAUAAUAUUUUAUGAGACUUAUAAUUUGUGAUUGGUGAUUAAAUAAAAGUAAAGUUAAAUCGAGAACUAUAACUUAUAAAAACGAAUACGUAAAUUAAGAUUCCAAUUCAAGUGGUCAAUUGAUUUAAAUAAUUAAUAUUUUGAGCUAAAAAAAUAGUAAAAAAAAAUAGAAUGAUAGAAAAGUUGAAUGACCAAAAGGUGAGUAUGCGUUAAUCACUUCUUCGAGAAAACAUUCCUAAGCAGUAGCUACUGAAAUUUGUAUUGGUAAAUUAAUUAACUAAUAAAACUUAAAAGUACUUAUAAAAUCAUAAAUAAUAAAUUAUAAAAAUACAAAAAUGGUUGGUGCUCAUCAAGAUUUUUUUCAAUGAUUAAAAAAUGACCCAAAGUUUGACUUGGAUUUUUUAUCAUGCCAAUGCACCAAACCGUAUUCUGCUACAACUUGGAUUCUAAUUUGGAUAGAAUUAUAAAAACAAUAUUGGUUGUAAAUUUCACACGUGCUAAAUUUGUAUUUGUUUAAAACACAGAUAAUUCAAGUCUCUUCUUCAAGAAAUCGAUGUGGAGUUCCACGAUUUACUACUCUACAAUAAUGUUAGGUGGUUGAACAGAGGAAUUGUUCUACAGAGGUUUAUUGAUCUCUUGAAUAAAAUUAAUCUAUUCCUUCUAAUUAACUAUAAUAUAAAUGUAUUAGAACUAAAUACGUAGGAAAAUAGGAUAUAGGAACGAUAUAGGAUAAGGAACGAGUAUAUAAGAGGUAGCAUAGACGCAGCUUCGAUAAUAAAAAAAUGAGAAAAAUUGGACCAAGGUGGUUUGGGUAUCAUGCAGAGAAAAUAAUCAGAAACAGUGAGAGUUGUAAUGAAAAUAAAUGUAGGAAGAAAAAAAGGAAAAGAAAGACCAAAAUAGAGAUGAUUGGAUGCGAUUGAUAAUGAUAUAAUAAUUAGCGUAUACAAGUAGAAGAAUAUUGUUAUAUAUAUAUAUAUAUUAUAUCUGUAAGUCUAUUUAAAUGUAUAAUAAUAAUUUUUUUUUUUUUUACAGGCAUGUAAAUGAUUGUUAUUCACUUUUUCGGUCUCUAAUGUUGAGUCAGAUUUUUGUAGCAUCAAAUUCACAUGUGCUAGUUUGGUUCUUUGUUUCAUUGGUAUAAUUAAUAAAUUAUAAACACGUUUUUUUUUUUUUUUGUUAUAUAGACACAACAUACACAAUAUACUUUACAAACUUGUAGUGAAGUAUAACAUUUUUUUUUUUCAUAUUAUUUUUUGAAUGAAAUAACGGCAUAUCACCAUAAAAUAAUAGGUACACAAAUAUAGUUAAUAUCACAGUAGGAAAAUAUAAAAUAGGUGUUUUAUAAAAAAGAUGUUACUAUGACGUCCACACUAGGAUUUAUUUGCCGCCUUUAUAUAUUUAACAGACAAUAAUAUAAAAUAGUACUCAUACUUUAACCAUUAAUUAAAUUGUAUAUUUAAUCAAUACUUUAAUAUGCUUAAAACAAAAAUUAAUUCACCAAAUUAAUACAUAUGCGAUAUGUAUUCAAAGAGGGAUAUUUUGACAUCUAUUAUGAAAACUUUUAUCGACCACAUCUAGACCGAAUGGAGGAAACUCAGAGUUUUAGACUUGUUUUGUUGGCGGAUUGAGUGAUAACAUUUUGGUUAAAUUUGAUUAUAUUAUUGUUGUGGACGGUGUUCAUUUGUUAACACGGUUCUAUUGACCUCUAAAUAAAGUCAGUCAGACAAUAUCUUAUAAAUUAUGAACGGUGUACGUAUUAGUGAUGUGCCUUUUAGAUGUUUCGCCUUUCAAAUCCAUUUCUAACCAUUUGUAUGUUCCAAUUUCAUGUUUUUACAGAAAUUAUUUUAAACAUCCUUACAAACUAAAAUGUAAUAAAACUUUGGCAAUCAUAAUUAUUUUAGAUUCAUUUAAUAAAAAAAUGAAAAAUUGUAAUGGCAACAAGUCGACUAGGGAAAAAUUUGACUAUACGGACGGAUUUCUGUUGCUCAUAUAUUUUUCUUUUUAAUUUGAAUAGGAUAUUGUAUACAAUGAAAAUAUAACGAUUUAAGUUAGUGAAAUCAUUUUUGUUUCAAGUCCAUUAGAUUCUGAGCAGCGGAGUAUCCAGGAAUGAAAGGGGGCUAUGUCUCCCUAACCGUUAGCCAUAUUCUAUUAUAAUUUUAUUAUAAAUGUAUCCAUGUUUCAUGCUAUUAUAUGGGAUCUAGGAUAUAUCGGCGCUGGCGAUUCAGCAAAAUGUCAAUUCGACGAUGUCCUUUUCGGCGCUUGAUCAAUUCGACGAUACGGCAAUGAUACAAUUUUUAUUUAUUUUGUAUUAUUACUAUAAAUGGUUUUUAUAUCUAUUAAUAGUAAACAAAACUUUAAUAUUAAAUAGUAUAUCAUAUCAUAUAACUAGCUAUCACCCGCCCGGCAUUGCCCAUGCCAAUUUUUUAAUUAUUUUGACUAUUAUUCCCAUCUUACCAAGUAUAUUGGACGAGGAAAAACCCCAUUCACGGAAAUUACAAUUUUAUUUCUUUUUAAUUUUACUAUUGGCAUGAUUACUGAUAAUUAGGUAAAAAUAAUUAAAAAUUUGGCACGGGCAACGCCGGGUGGGUGACAGCUGGUUAUAUUAUAUAAUAAGCUCUUACAUUAGACAUAAAAAAACAUUUAUAGGUGAUGAUAAACGUACCAAAAUAAUAAAAAAAAAUUAACAAUUGUAUCGCCGAAUUGAUAUUUCACUGAAUCGCUGGCGCUGAAACGUCCCAUUCCCUACUUUAUAGUGUAUUAGGUUACGGACAGGAAUUUCCGCUAUUUAAGCAACACAAAUACGUCUACGAAAUGUUCAGACAAUCUGAUAUAAAUAUGUAUUUAUACAUAACUUAAACUAUUAUUAUAAUCACUUUAUGCAUAGAUUCAAUACAUACCCAAAACUCACGAUUUGAAAUAACAACAAAAUUCUAAAAUGUAUUUGCUUGGUUUUUUUUUUUUUAGAUUAUUUCUGGAGCUGAAACUGGUGAUUCUAUGAUGAUACUGAAAGUGUUUAGCAUACUACCUCUGUUAACUUUUCAAUUACUUAUGUCAUGCUAUUUAUGCGAAACUAUAAACGAAAAAGUAAUUAUACAAUAUGUUACAUUUGUGUUUAUUUUGUUCAUUUUAAAAAGCAAAAAUAGAAAAAAAAUUCUCAACAAAAUAAUAGAAAAUUUAAAGUACAACAUUAUCAUCAUCUCUACAUUAAUUGCAUUUUACAAUCAUGUACAAUGAUAUCACAAUAUGUGAUAUAAUGUUAUAUCGCAUACAUUAUUAAACCAUUACAUAAGUACCUAUUAUAUUAUAUAAUAAACACUUUGUAAAACAAUCAAUUUAACUUUUAUUAAUAAUAGACUUAAAACCAAACAUUGUUUUAAUUGACUAUAAUAGGUACAUUUUUAUUUUACUAGAAAGAUGCCAUCAUUUUCUCGUUGUACAGCAGUAAUUGGAUCGAUAUGAACAUAAAAAGCAAACAAUUAAUCUUAUUAACGAUGAAAAUAAAUAAUGUUAACACGCUGAAAAUUAUGUUUACAAACACCAAAAUUGUUAAUUUGGAAAUGUUUACAAAAGUAUGUAUACAAAUUGAGUAUGACAUUUUCUUGUACAGGAACAUUUAUCAUAGCCUUGUCGAGGCUUCCAUUUGCUUCUUAAGUGAAAAUCGAUCGUAA